GGCACCCAUUACCCGCUUCAUUCUCUGGAAAGGCCGUCCAUGUUGUCCACCGGAGCUCAGGUUACAUGAACGGCGGAGCUUCGUAAUCAAUGGCGAUCAACAAGCUUGCUGCAAAUUUGGACUAUGAACGCAUCGUUAUUGCUUCCGCUAUAGCCUCACGUAUUCUUCUACUCUUCUUAAUCGUCUUCUGGCGCUCUCUCGUCAGCCCUUACGACACUUCAGCAUCUCUUAAUCCUGCGUGCUUAAUCGACUCGUCUUCUUCGCCUCUUGCCGGACAACCAGUUCUUUUUCCUCGAAUUGGAUCCGCUAUUGAGAGCAGCAUUGUUUGGGAUGGCGUUCACUUCGUUCGAAUCGCUGAGUGCGGUUAUGAAUAUGAGAAGUCCUACGCUUUCUUGCCUCUUCUUCCUAUAUGCAUUUCCUUCCUGUCUCGCACAGUAUUGUUGCCUUUGGUUCCGGUAAUUGGGCAUAGAGCUGUGUUGGGACUAUCUGGAUAUCUAAUCAAUAACAUUGCUUUUGUGCUUGCUGCUCGUUAUCUUUUCAGGCUUUCACAUAUUAUUUUGAAGGAUGGGGAAGCAGCAAUGCGGGCUUCAAUUCUAUUUUGCUUCAAUCCUGCUUCUAUAUUUUAUUCAUCGUUAUAUACUGAGAGUUUAUACUCGCUAUUUUCAUUGGGAGGAUUAUAUCACUUGAUGAGUGGCAGAAAUUGUGUUUCUGCUCUUUGGCUCGCUCUUUCUAGCUGUGCUAGGUCUAAUGGAGUGCUGAAUGCUGGUUAUAUCUGUUUUCUGACCAUGCAUUGGACUUAUGAUGCUCUUUUGUUGAAGAAAUGUUUCCGUCGAGCAUUGCAGGUUCUUAUUACUGGAGCCUUAAACUGUGUCUGUAUAUUUGCUCCAUUCGUUGUGUUUCAAGCAUAUGGGUAUUACAAUAUUUGCAGUGGACGUUUACCAGAUGAAAUGAGGCCAUGGUGUAAAGCUAGGGUGCCGCUGCUAUACAAUUUUGUUCAAAGUCAUUACUGGGGAGUUGGUUUCUUAAAAUAUUUCCGAUUCGAACAGCUACCGAACUUUCUACUUGCAUCCCCAAUUUUGUCUUUAGCAUUUUUCUCAAUUGUUCACUAUGGAAAGUCAAGGCCAAAGCUUUUUCUCUCGGUGGGCUUCCAAGCAACUGCUGAGGAUAGAAAUUCUGCGGCCAUGCUUUACUUUCCAGAACGUGUUCCAAGGUCGAGCAUGCCUCGUCAUACGGUGGCAUCUUCCUCUGGGUUACAAGGAAAUCAGAAUCUUAGACGAAAAAAGCAGAUUAUUGGACAGGAUCCUGCCAAGCUUCCAGUAGAGGAUAAAACAUUCAAUGGGUCAGGAUACUCUUCUGCUUUUGUAAUUCCAUUUAUCCUACAUAUGGGAUUUAUGGCUGCCACAGCAAUUUUCGUCAUGCAUGUGCAGGUUGCAACACGAUUUCUCUCUGCAAGCCCUCCUCUGUAUUGGUUUGCCUCAUACGUUAUGGUUAACCCUGGUCGCUUUAAGAGAUGGGGAUAUAUUAUCUGGGCAUACUCUGUUGCUUAUAUCCUCCUUGGCAGUCUUCUCUUUUCGAAUUUCUACCCUUUCACAUGAUUAGUUCUUGCAGCAAAGACACUUCAGCCAUGGUACGGGAGCGUUCGGAGCUUUGUAAACCCAAUCGAUAAUUUUGGACUAAAAAAAAUGGUUAGAACUAGAGCCUUAGAGUGUACACUACACGGUGCGAUUUUGAGACACUAAUGAAAGAAAUCGGGUUUUGAAGCAAUUCCAGUUAGCUUUUGCUAUGGUUGUAUUUCACUAUAAUUCAUGCAGUGAUGACCUCAGUGUGCAUAACCCGAUGGUGAACUACUGGAUAAAGUAGUUCUAUAUCUUAUGGGGUUGAGACUGAAUUGUUGGGUGAGUUUAUCAGCUUCAAGGAAGAGGUCUUGAUUGCUUGCUUGAAUUAACAGUCGUUCGAUUGUUAAUAUCUCUGAACUUGUAAUCAGGGUACAGAUUUUUAUCAUUGAUGUUGUAGUGCGAAGAUUUUGAAUGAUUAUUUAGGGGAUUCUUUGAGGAAAAGUUAUUUAACUGGUUGAUACAAUGCAUUAUGUACCUAUUUUUUGACCUUGCUUGUAAUUAUUUACUUGCAAAGAUAAUGACCGAGUUGAACAAUUUCUUGUGUU